UUUCAAAAACUCUGCGAUGCCCCUGGUGCCAACAUCUGUAAAGGAAUCCCAGUACAGCAAGUUUCAGAAUGGAGUUGGCUCAAAGCGUGAGAUGACAAAAGAGGAAGUGCUGAGGGAGUCCUCAGAAGAAGAAGCAGUCCUGGACAGGUCCUGCUUUCUAACCCACACACCUGUGUACCCUGUUAUUCACCAGGUGGCAUCAGCACCCAUGCCUACUGAUUCUGACUUUUCCUUCUUCGACCCCGCCGAUCCUCAGUGUAGGGAGGUCCUGCUGGAUCCUUCGACGUCCAUACCGGAGCUGUUCGCUGUGCUCAGACAGUGGGUUCCUCAGGUCCAGAAGAACAUCAUUCUUAUUGGUGACCAGAUUUUGAAAAGAGGUUGCGGAGUCAACGACAGAGAUGGCCUUACCGACAUGACCCUGCUGCAUUACUGCUGCAAAGCUGGCGCGCCUGGCAUUGGUGAUGCAGAGAGCGCCGCAAGUUUUGCCCGGAAGCUCUUGUCUUUGGGAGCUGAACCAUCACUGCGCAGUCGCUGGACCAACAUGAGCGCCCUUCACUACGCUGCCUACUUCGACGUUCCUCCUCUCAUCCGCGUGGUGUUGCAAGCAUCCCAGCCUGGUGAAGUCGAUGCCACCUGCAGUGAUUUUGACUUUGGCACUGCCCUUCACAUUGCGGCUGCUAACCUCUGCACCUCUGCAGUCCGGUGCCUGCUGGAGCUCGGAGCUAAUCCUGCAUUCAAGAAUGAUAAGGGGCAGUGCUCUGUGGACGUGGUGCCCGAGCCGUUGGACAUGCCUCUUGAAAUGGCAGAUGCUGCAGCACAGGCCAAAGAGUUAAGGACAUUGCUGAGGGAUGCUCUGCCCCGACCACUUACUUCUCUGCCCUUAAAGCCGGAUCGACCUCCUGACUUCCACUCAGAAAAGGCCCAGACUCAGCUCUCCAAAAUGGGCAUCCGGCUUGGAGACAAGGUCAUCAUUGCUGGACAAAAGGUUGGCGUUCUGCGCUUUGCGGGCAGUACUGAGUUCGCCGGUGGCCUGUGGGCUGGUGUGGAGCUUCAGCAGCCGGAGGGGAAGAAUGAUGGAUCGGUGGCAGGAGUUCAGUACUUUACCUGUCAUAUGAACCAUGGAAUUUUUGCUCCUCUGUCUAAGAUCAGUAAAUUUUCGGAGCGGCGCAGACCUGUUCCUCGUCAUCCUGUCAUUCCUCUCCGGCCCCCUCGUCAGAUCAACCUUUCCCAGGUCAAGUCAAAAGUUGACACAGGUUUAACAUUGAUAAAGGCCAGGUCCUUACAGACACUUACAGACUGUGUGGACGAGUCCUUGGACGUUAAGACAGGUGCUCUCUCACGCAGCUGUUCUACCUCCUCCUCCUCUUUGGACUGCAGACACGCCCUGUCCUCCCGUCCUCCGAUUUCGAUGCCUCGACAGAGACGUCCCCUCCGUCCUCGGCAGGAAUCAGCGACUCCCAGCUCCAGAUCGACUCCUUCACUGUCUUCACAGUCUGGCUUGGCACGAAGCAGCUCGGGAUCUGAUGUACCCGCGCUACGUCUCGGAGAGCGCGUCCUUGUAGUGGGACAGCGGACGGGAGUCGUCCGAUUCUACGGGAAGACCAGCUUUGCCCCAGGUAUUUGGCUGGGAAUUGACCUGGAUAAGCCCAGUGGGAAGAAUGAUGGCUGUGUUGGCGGUGUGAAAUAUUUCAGCUGCCCACCUAAUCAUGGAGUGUUUGCUCCACCUUCACGUGUACAGAGGAUUCAUGGUUCUGUAGACUGCCUGUCAGAACUGUCCUCCUCCCGACACAAAUACACCUUCACUGGAAUCCGUCGUAGCUUCAGCACCACUUCAGCCAUUGCAACACAGAGAGAGCCACAUCGGAAGAACCAAGCAAAUCGGAGCCAUUCAUCUUCUGUGCGGCAGCGCUGGAGCACACUCAGUUCCGGCUCCGCCGAAACGUCUCCCAGAGGACCAGGCACCAACGGUGGCACAGUCACACUGCACCUGGGCAUGCAGGUCCUACUCAGUAGUGCCAAUGAGAUGGGCACCAUUCGCUAUCUUGGCACAGCUGACUUUGCACCCGGCCUCUGGCUCGGUUUGGAACUCCGCAGUGCCAAGGGGAGAAACGAUGGCUCGGUCGGUUCCAGGCGCUACUUCAGCUGUCGGCCCGGGCACGGCGUCCUGGUUCGCCCGAGCAGGGUCACCUACCGCGGCAUCAACGGUGCCAAGCUGGUGAACGAAAGCAGCUAAAGCUGUAAGCUGUUCUCACUUUUACUUUCAUCUCUCUCUGAGCCCCAUCGUGAAUUUUUCUUCUCAUAGUAAAUGAGCAGCUACGUGGCAUUAAUGGAUGGCAGCGCUGAAGGAGAAACAAUUAUAAAGCGUGCCAAGGCACGAAAUAAAGCACUUUGAAAGCAGGGUUAUUCAUCAACACUACAGCCUUUGUAAUAAGCAUUACCGGCUGAGUUGUUUGCAUUUUGGUGUUAGCCUGAGGUGAGGUCACUUGUUUGUUUUGGUUGUAGAGAAUGUUUAGUCUGGCAGUUCAUUAUUUAAAUGAUGCACAACAUGGCCAAAAGUAUUUAUAAUCCUUUUAACUGGAGCAGUGGUUCCCAAAAUAUUUACACCAAGCACCACUUCUGAACAGAUUAAAGCCUUUAGGUACCAUCUGUAACCCUCUCAGAUGAACCACCACUGGUACAGCUAGGACAUUUUGUAUUUCAACCAUUUAAAUACAAAUCGAAAGACUUACGCACAGGUGGUGCAGCGGGAUAUUCCGCUAGCGCCGAGAUUCUGAACUCCUCAGUUCGAAACUCGGCGUUGCCACCGUCGACUGAGCGCCAUCUGGCAGGCAUAAUCAUCAGUGGCUGCAUCAGAUACUAAUUUGCCACCGUGUCUGCUAGGGCUGGACGACCAGAUUAUGUGUGUUCAUACGCUGUGUUAGGACCCUGGUUGGUGGUAGAGACGCCCGUGCAGAAUGCAGGGGCGAGAAGAGGCGUGGGCAGCGACAUACUCUCCUCGGAUGCAAUCGGGUAUCCCUCAGCAGUUGACUGCGCUAAAUUGGGAGGGAAAUUUUUAAAAAUCGAAAGACUGAAGCCUCUUCAUUAUAAAAUUAUUUAAACCCUUUGUUGGCAGACUGCAAAUUUGGCACUGCAAACAUGGCUAGAACUCAAUUGAAGUUUGAACUGAUUGGACUUGAUUGGUCUAAAAGGUCCAAGAACUUACAUGAUGUCAAAGACCUAGAUGGGCGGCACGGUGGCUAAGUGGGUAGCACUGUCGCCUCACAGCAAGAAGCUUUCUGUGCGGAGUUUGCAUGUUCUCCUUGUGUCUGCGUGGGUUUCCUCCGGAUGGUCCGGUUUCCUCCCACAGUCCAAAGACAUGCAAGUGAGGUGAAUUGGAGAUACUAAAUUUUCCAUGACUCGAUAUAACCUUGUGAACUGAUGAACCUUGUGUAAUGAGUAACUACCUGUUCUGUCAUGAAUGUAACCAAAGUGUAAAACAUGACGUUAAAAUCCUAAUAAACAAACAAACAUUUUCCAAAAUCAUAUGCUCUACCACCUGGGAAAGCUUAAAGCACCACCAUUGGUACAGCUAGGGCAUUACGGAAAGCAAACUUUCAACAUAAUACUGAUUGCCCCAAAAGUGGGGCAUCUGUCUGGUGGCGUCUGUUAAUCCACAGUAUUUCAACCAUUAAAAUAAAACUUGAACGACUUAAAUCUCUUAAUUAUAAAAGCAUUUAAACCCUUUGCUUUGGCACUGCAAAUUGUGGUCAGGUGCAUUCCAUUUGCUUUAUUUAUCCUUAUCACGUGGCUAGAACACAAUUGAACAAAAGUUCAACUGUUGCAAUCUGACUAGAUUGGACCUUAUUCUAAAAGGGCUAACAAUUUACACUAAAUUAUCAGUACACAAACCAAUUAAUGAUGUCCAAGACCUAGAUCAGGGCAACAAUAUAAAACAUUAUCUAGGUCCUUGAGGGUUGCCAGGAUCACACUGGCUUCUCUAAUAAAAUGGAACAAGAUUGACCCUCCAUAUUGGGAAUACAGGCAAGAUGAGCCUUGGUCAGGAAGGUUAGAAAAUCAGACACUCUAAAAGAGCUCUAAAAGUCCUGUGCAAAGAUGGGUGAAUCUGCUGUAUGUACAACUUUCUCUGCAGAGCCGAGUAAACUGCAAAUAAUGGCCGACUUGAAGUUUGCCGAACAGCACAUAAAUGACUGGCAACAUGAGGAUGGUUCGCUGGUCUAAUGAGAUGAGAAUUAAACUCUGAUCUCUUGUGGAAACGAGCUCUGCAUCUAUCUAGCCUGUACCAUCCCUACAAUGAAACAUGGUGGUGGCAGCAUCAUGCUAUAGAGGUGCUUCUCAGAGGCAGGGACAGGGAGACUUAAAGAAUUAAAGUUGAAGGCAGUUGACAUGUUUUCCAUACUGUACAGUUUGUAAAGAUAGACUAACAAAUAAUUACCAACAUUUUAAAGAACUCAAUCAGG